AUGCCCGGCAUGCGCGAUUCCGAUUCUUCCCUUGUCGCAUCGGGCAUAAAACAAUCUCGUUCCAAGUCCCAUAAAGCCCCUCGCAGGAGAGAAAUUGUCAUACAGAUAUUUGCCCCGGAUGCACGAAACAGCUUCUCAGACCUUCAUGACCAUGAAAAAGCCCCGUCUCUUGCUUUGACCCGUCGCGAACCUACUGAAGACGACCUCUCUAGCGACGACGGCGAGAGGCACGAUGAGAAACUGUCUCGGGACUACCGCAUUCCUGAAAUCAGAGUAUCGACGGCCGAGGAGACUCCGGUUCGAGUGUCUCGAAGUACCAGCCGUUCAAGACAAACAACACCCUCAGUUCGCACGGAGACGACUCGUGGAACUGUGUAUUCCGACGGUGAUUCAGAUACAACUUGUCGCUCGUCUACGCCAAGGCGACAGGAAAGGAGGAAAGCGGAUUCACAGAAGCCGCUGGAAAGGGGCGAACAUCCUUUGAGGACGGAGGUCAAAUACGAUUCAGAUCGACCCAAAAGAUCAGGAAACUCUCCGCAACCCAGCUCUUGCGAAUUGACAAUCAACAUAUCCAAACGACAGCGUUCAAGAAAGUAUGAUCGCCAUGAAAGCAAGGAUACAGAGCCGUGGGGACCACCUGCGAUUGAUACGGAAGCGCGCGAUUUGGGAACCCCUUUGGGACACGAGAGCAACGUGCGCGACCAAGUUGAUUAUGUUCACGGUCCUGCACAUAGUCUAUCCCUUGAGCAAUUCCGUGAAGAGAUUGGUUGGCCAGUUGAUUAUCCUAAAGACCCGGAUCGUCAAAGAUCCUCGGGGGUGUCCGCAACAUCGACGGUGGAAGCCGUGGUUGUUGAUCCUGUGCGAUCGACGAAACCGAUCUUGCGACAUACGGAGAAGCGACCUUCGUUGCGCUCGGCCAGUUCGCCUGUCACAAAGUUAGAGCAUGCAUCGACGACUUCCGGGCCCGACACGCAACAUCGAUUAGUGCACAAAGCAGCCCGUAUAACGGAUGAAGACCGCAGAAUCAUUGCGCCCGAGAUGUCCGUACCCGCGGCCCCAACUUCCGAGGCACCGCACCAGAACGUUGAUGUAGUCCCUGUGGUUGUCAUCCCAGAGCGGCGUUCCUCUCUGAAGACUUCACCAUCAACGUCCACUAGCCGUAACCCAUCCAAAGCUUCUUCUCAGCGAUCGCGUCGGCGUGCAGCCACAGCACCAGGGAGCAGAGCUAGCUCUUUGGGCCCUCCGCGAAGAGCAGACUCGGUCGCUGGAAGUCGUCGGCCUAUUGUGCCUCCGCGCAGGUCCUCAUUGUCAGCACCCACGAGUGCAAACAACUCGCGGGCUACAUCUCUCACAUCCGAUAGUCUUCGCAGCCAUACACUGGCCAUAGAGGACGUCGAGAGGCGGAAACUUCAAGCAGAGCAACCGCUACUUGAACCUCCGCGCCAAACUUCACGCCCCGAUUCCCACAUGUCUGACAAUAAAACGCAGUCGAUUUUGAUCGGAAUCGAGGAUAUGUCUGAUCUUCUUAGUCCUUCGAUGCCUUUGAGCCUAGGCUCCAUGCCUUCAUCCCCAGGGUGGGAACUUAGUGAAGCCAAGGCUGUGAGCCUCUACCCGCAUAACAACGAAUCGCUUCUGGUUAUCGACCAACAAAAGCGCAGGGAGAGGAAGGCUUCUGAGGCUCAGCGCCGGCAGUCAACAGCCAUGUCUCAGGCUAAGCCUAAACAGCUUAUUAGCCCACCCAUUCAAGCCAGCCCGCUGACUCCACCUAAGGUAUUCGAACGGGAUUCGAAUUCCAACGAUCGAGAGCCAGUCUUUCGCAGAUUUGGAUCUCUGCGACGUGCUUGGACAGUUCGUUCUCGUCCAGGAGCCACUGAUGCUCUCAAACGGUCCUUCUCAACGUCGGCGGCGAACCGCAAGACUGGAAAAGAACCCAAUAGCCGAUUCUGGCGCCUCCACAACUCCACUAAUUCCAACACAAAGCCGCCCUCAUCCUCCCAAACCGGCAACCAAAAUGAGCAUAUCAUCAAGAACUCUCUAGGCAUGCCUCAACCCCGCGUGGUCAUCAACGGCCCCGACGUCCACCCAUGCCACCAAACCCGUGCAUCAAGGUCAGAAACGCGAAAACGAACUCGCCUCUACGACCCAUCUCUCAAUCGCAGCACCCUUGCACUCGGAAGCACCCUCAACAGCCCCGGAUUCAUCAACCGCACCACCCGCACCUCGCCCCUACGCCGGCGUAGCUUCCAUUUAGUUUCCAUGAUGGGAUACCGAGUUCGACUCGCGACGAUGCAGAAACGGUUGCGGCGGAGGAAGCAGCUGCGCGAGGAGCGGAAGCAUGAAGCCAGACGGGAGAAGUUGAAGCAGAGUAUUGGGAAUGUGGUGCAGGUGCAGUCCAGUGCUGGGAAUGCCGUGUUGACUCGGGGGUUGUGA